GCUUGUUGUUGGGAAUUACCAGCAAAAGGAUCACUUCACUCGCGAGAGCAGCUGUGGGAUUUCGAACCGUGCUUGUCGGGGCGAAAGGCGACUGCUUGCACGUCCUGCCAGGAAUACCACGACCCUCGCAACUGGGACAUUUACAUGUCUCUAUAGUCUGCCGGUAACGAGGGUCACUGUAAAAAAGAAGAAGAGAAAGGAACACCAAACGACAUUCUCCCUCCAUCCUCACACCAACCUGUACCAUCCACAACCAGUUGAAAAUGGCGGACGAAUACCGAAGAGGACGGGUGGAACCACCACGAGACAAUGCUGAAGACUUGCGCUACCCACCUCCUCCCGAGGGCGAAGAUCGAAGGCGGCCCCCUCCAGCAGGACCAGACGGCGUGGCGCUGCCGCCCAUGCCAUACCCGCCUCCCGGUCCGCCGUAUCAAUCAGAUCCGCGGUACCAGGAGAGGGCGUACGCGGCAGACCCAAGAUACCAACCAGACCCGAGAAACUGGGCGCCAGAACCGCCAGCCCCGAACGGCUAUCCUGCCCAACCGGAUGCACGCUACCCACCACCGUUUCCCCCUCAGGAUCCACGUCAGUUCGAAGACCGGCGGCAGUUUGACGACCGCAGACCCUACGACGACAGGAGGCAGUACGACGAUCGGCGGCAGUACGAGGACCGGAGACAGUAUGAUGAGCAGAGGCUGUACGACGAGCAGAGGCAGUACAAUGACCGGAGGGCGUAUCCUCCCGAAUCAUACUACGAUCCGCAGCAGCCGCCGCCGCCGGGCAGGGGCGGGUAUGGUGCCGACUACUACAGGUACCCGCCAGGCCCUUAUUACGGAAUGGGCCCUCCCCCACCGCCGCCACCUUCGCAGCAACAGUCCGCGCCGAGGCAAAGGACGUCGAUCGCCUGUCGAUAUUGCCGCAAGAGAAAGAUCCGCUGCAGCGGUUACACGCAUACGACCAACGGCAAAUGCACUAACUGCGACAAGCUCCGGAUCGACUGCAUAUUCCAGCCUGUGUCGUCGAAUUCAUCUGCCGCUUUCGUCCCCGUAUCAGCCGUUCCGGGGGGCGUUCCGCCGGGGACGCCGCUCUACGGAGCCUACGGCCAACCUUUACCCCCCUCCGCCCAGUCAGGUCAGCAACCUCGUGCUUACCCAUCGUACCCGGCUGCCGAAUACACUCCCCCGAUGCAUUCACCCACGGGGUCCUACCCACCUUACGACGACAAAGAUCCCGGCCGCCGACGGACCCGGCCGCCAGAGGAGGAGCACAGCGCCCGACCGCCUCCGCCAAACUAUCCGCUUGAUGACGACCCGCGAAGGCGAUCUCCCGUCUCGAUCCAUAGCAACGGCACCCCGCCCACCGUUUACCACUCGUAUCAACAGAGCCCCUUUGACCGGGAUACGCCUCCUACCCCGAAUCAGAACACUCCCAGUCGCCCCAUCCCGCCACCGUCACAGAUGCGAACCCCGCAAGCCGGGCCAUCCCAGACGCAGCAGCCGCAGUCUCAAAUCCCGCCACAGACGAAGAGUCAGCCAAACCCGAUGAGCCUGGAUAACCUGAUGGGCCCGGCACCUCGUACAGUCAACGAGAUCGACCAGAGCAUGCUGGGGAGGCUGGGUCGGCGAUCGUGAGAGCGUGGAAGGUUCUCGGGGCUGCUGAUAGAAUGGAAUUCAAAAACCGGAGCGUGUGCUGGUCGGAGCCCGCGAAACCGAGUUGUCAGCUCGGAAAAUAACCGACUUCAUCAUACAAAAUUAGGCCGCGGAGGUCAAUUUUCGGGCACUGCCAUCAUUUUU